CCCUUACGUUUCUCACUUUGACUGUGCCUCUCACAUUUCGUAUUCGAUCGAACACGUACCAUUUUGUUCUUUAGCGCAGAGAACGUGUCGUCGCGCCAUCAACGUCAUUGUAAUCGUCGCCGUCAAAUUUAACCCGUGAAGAAGUCAGAUGGACAGGAUCGAAGGAAUAAUCGUGGAUCGUGUCGCGUCAUCGACAUCACCGAUGGUUCUUUCGUGUAACAUUUUAUCUAAACGCGGUCAAUCGUCAAAAGAUCGAAAAGAUAUCUGAGAAACAUUUCCUGUUAACUCGGAACAAACGAACGAUCGAAUGACAGAGCACUGACAUGGAUCUUGGUACCUUCGUAUAAUAUCUGAAAAGAUGAAUGCCCCGCCGCCGGUAUACGCAUCUUCCUGCCCUACGUUGCAGUCGAACCUGUCGCUGCACAGUUCUUCCUAUUACAGUGAAUACAGUGGAGCUGCGAGGAGGCGAUUAUCGUCGACGGGAGAGGCAGACACUUCAGCCACGUCUAGCUAUGAAGGUAGCGAUAGUUCUGAAAACAGCGAUGAAUCGCGUUUGGAGCCAGUGAGCCAGAUGGAACGGGAACAACUCGAAACGUUCUUCAGGGGUUUGAAGUCUCAGGUGUUCGUUUGCGAGUCGUUGGCCAACUUGUAUCUGGGAAGCGCUUCGCAAACCGAAAGAUGGGAGCUUCGGUUUACCGGCAUACCCGUAGUAGUUUUGGAUCUUGGAGAAACCCGAUCGAGAUCCAAGAGGCGGAUUCAAAUUCUGUUGGCUGAACGUGGCACUUGUUUUACUCUUUGGAGGGAGACCAUCGACAAUUUGUCGUCGUACAAGGUAUCGGGUCCGGCUUUUCAUACGAUGUGUCUUUCGUCCGAUCACACGCGCCUCGCGGGACUCAGCUUCGAUAAUCCGAAAGCCGCGAACGACCUUUGGCAACACAUAGAAAGACUCGUUUCUUGUCCAGAGAACAUUAGUCUCUCGAUACCAGGGAAGAAAAAGAAGAAGCCCGUGCAGAAGAAAGUGGUUUUACCGGCCAAGAGUAAUAUCAGCCAACCCUGUCAAUUUCAGCAUGUGACGAGCGUCGACGCUGCCGAUCGAUCCCGAUAUUUUUCUCUUCAAACUAUGGUGCCACCUUUGAACGAGCUAGAAAAUUCUUUGGAAGCAAAUUUUUGAGAUAACGAGACACCGGGCAAUCGUUCAGAUCCGUAGAAUUGUUCAGAUUCUGUCGCGUUGCUCGUUCAUCUAUUGCGCCUAUGUUCUAGGGAUCUAUGUAUCCGAUAAGAUAAGAUUACCUGAAAAAUAUGGCAUAUACCCUUCGAGCUUUCGAGGACGAACAAAAUCAGACGAUUUGCCAGAUCUAUCGCCUUUCUAUUGCGUUUUAUCUCGAUAUAUAAUAUCGCAGAAGAAGAAAGCAAAAGGAACGUAUCAAUUAAUCUUUGUUCUUCUUCUCUUUUUCUUCUUUUUCGUCUUCCUUCUUUUCUUAAGACUUAACAAAAAAAAAAAAAAAAAAAAAAAAACACAACUAAUCAGAAGAAGAAGAAGAAGAAUCGUUAUGAAUCUCGAUCGUUCGGAGAUGCCUGAAAAGCAAGAAAUUCUCGAAUCGAGAAAAAGAAAAAUCAAAACAAAUAGCCUAUUAUUCCUUCUACUAUAAUCGUAACUUUCGAAGGUUUGUGUUCUUAAGAAUGUCGUUGAAUUCAACGAUUUUGCUCGAAGGAGCACAACCCAUGGUACAUACAACAUCUCGUCUUUGAAAUACUUGGUGCGAGUUUAAGAGUUUAUUUAAGAGUUCUUGUAGUAAUAUCCUCUUGGAAACAUUUGGCAUUCAUCAUUAACGAGCGAUUCCACGCUCAUUUCGAUCGUUGUCUUCACAUUUGUCGUUAAAGUUCGCUGUAGUUGUAUUGUCAGUGAGUUUUAUGCGGCACGACGAAUUAAAAUGUUAAUGUUAUAUACGAAUCGUUCUGAAAUUUAAAAAAUUCCCAUUUGAACAAAUUCAAAUGAAUUCAAUACAUGUACGUACUAUAUAUAUAUAUAUAUAUAGAUACUAUACGUAGUGUGGGUGGGAUAUGAAACACGAGUCGAGGGGAGCGAACAGAGAAUCGAAGGCAUUUUUCAAAUUUCGUGGAUUUUUAUUGUGUCGCAUCCUAACGGUUUCACGACAAAAUGCUUCCUUUUUUAAUAAUGCGUUCGAAUGCUCAGCCAAGAAAUUUUAUCACUCUUCCAACGUAAUGCGUUUCGAACUAACGAAUUCUGUCCGAAUAACGACUGCGAUAAGACUGGUUUUAUCAUUCGUCCUAUAUUUAGAAGAACGCGUUAAACAUAGACAUGAUGAUGAUAAUAGCGUUAACACGUAUCUUCGUUAUUCGACGUUGAUCGUUACCACUGACCGUUUUUCGACAUGGGACUUUUACUGCUGGACAGAGCUUAUUAACGUUAUUGGCAUCGAUUAAUAGAGUGUGAAAAAAUUAUGGAAGAGAGAAGGAAAAAGAAAAGAGAGAGAUAGGAAAAAUGGGAAUGGAGAAGCGUGGUUAAACAGUGUUUUCUGUUCCAAAGACGCGUAGUGUCGUUGUUGUCAUCGUUAAAACGUAUCAUAUAAGGAAUAUCAAGAGAAUAAUUAAAUUGUUCGCGUUCAAGCAUACCGUUAAUCCAUUUAUCGGUGAGAAAUAACUAUCGAACGUGUUUGCCUGCUUCAAAUCACUAGGGAUUUUCGGUGAUGAUCUCUACACACUUGAUUGUAUGUACGAAAUAACUUCGAUAUCGACUAACGUAUUGAUUUCUUUGUCUACGACUGUGAUAUAAAUAUAUUUGUAUAGUUACAUUUACGUAAUAUGUAUCCGCAUUGGUUAAUCAUUUUGAUAUGUAAGUUUACGACCAUCGUUUCGCAUGUAAUAAUUAUGCUAAUAAAUAGUAAGUUUACGUAAUAGAUA